UACACGUUUUUACAGCUUUGCAUGAAUGCAUUGUCGAAUCCGUAUGCACGCCGAAGGUACGUCCAGCAGCGCCCACCUCUUUCCUUCCGAGCGUCCUGGCGGACCCCUAGCAUGUACGGAACAUGCUCCACUAGGCGCAGUGUGCAUCAGGCCUAUGUUCCCUGUGCUGGCUGGGGGCAGUCUUCAGGGCAGUAACCGGUAGAAGGUGCAGCCUAAAUGGGGCAGUUGGCAGAUGCCCGCUCAAAGUUCGUAGCCAAACGAUGCUUGAGUUUGUGUGGACAAAUUGUUCAUCAAGAAUACCGAUAUAUACCAAUUGCGCUCUAGGUCUGAACUUCUUCGGCUCUCGACCGACGAUGGAGCAACACCGCUCCUGUUAAGCACAGUUUGCCGUCGUCGUUGAAAUGCCGACUACAGAUUACUUGCUGGAAUACCGCUCCAGCUGGGCGCAGUCGCUCGCAGCGCUGCGCCCGGCUGAGGAGCAGAAGGUCGAGCUGCUGCUGCAGCUGUGCGCGCAACCAGCGAGCAGUGAGGAGGAUGGAUCUCAGGAGCAGCUAUCAACCCGCGAAGUCGCGGCGAACCUCCUGCCGCUGAUCAGCUUCGUGCUCAAGUCGGGGGGACAGCGUGUGGACCUGGUCAUGCCCGAGGUGGCCCGGCAGCUGCCGCUGCUCACCGCCGGCUGGGUGGAGCCGGUGUCGGACCCCGAGGCACUGGAGAAGCUGUUCGGGGAGGUGUUCACGGCGCUGCGCAGCGUCAUCCGCCACAAGGGCAUCAAGGCCAGCUGGCGCCAGGUGUUGAGCGCCGCAGUGGGCGACCUGCUCAUCCGCCUGGUGCAGGCCCUGCUGCGCAUGCCGCCCACCACCCCGGCAGCAGCAGCAGCAGCAGCCGCGCCCGCGCCCGGCGCGCCGCUGCAGCCCGGCGCGCCGGCGCUGGUGCUGCUGCGCGCGCUGACGCGCAGCGACGCGGCCGGCGGCGGCGGCGGCGGCGCCGGCGCGCUGCCGCUGCUGCCGGUGGACGCGGAGGUGCUGCUGACGUGGAUGGUGGAGAAGGUGCUGCCGCUGGACGGCAAGGUGCCGCAGCUCAGCUUCUCCGCGGCGCCGCCGCCGGCGGGCUCGCGCGCAGCCUUGGCGGCCGCGGCCGCGGGCGAUGAGAAGCUGCUGCUGCUGGCGGCCGCGCUGGUGCGGACCAUGCUGGGGGGCGGCGCUGCUGCCGCCUUGGCGCAGCAGGGCGAGUCCGCGGCCACCAAGGAGCGGUCGCUGCUGACGACGCUGCUGACGUGGUCCAUGGGCCUCAUCCGUGGCGUGCUGACGCGGCUGCUGCAGCCCGCCACCGGCGUGGACGCGCUGAGUGCGGCGGUGCUGUCCGGCAAGCAGGCUCAGCAGCAGGAGGCGACUGGGGCGGGCGGCGCGGCCAUCACACGCGCCGCGGCGCGCUUGGCGGCGAGCGCGAUGCGCGGGCUGCUGCUGCUACGGCCGCAGGAGGCGGCGGCGGGCGCCAGCGGCGGCGGCGCGCUGUCGGCGGCGGCGCGGGGCCAGCUGCUUGAGGUGAUCAGCAUGAUGCUGGACAUGUCGGAGGCGUGCGUGUCGGCGGCGCUAGAGAUUGGUGCGCAGGCACCCAGCAGCGACAAGAUGCUGGACACCGCCUCCUUCAUCCUGGAGGACUGCUCCUCGCUCAUCGUCACCGCCGCGCGCGAGGCCGCGCACGCCGCCGCCGCCGCCGCCACGCCCAACGGCUCGCCCUCCAAGCCCGGCGGCGGCCCCAGCGGCGCCGCCGCGGACGUGGGCGUCGUGUUCUCCCGCCUCAAGGCCAUCCUCCUGGCGGCUGCCGCCCUGGUGGGACCGGCCUCGGCCUCUGUCGCUGGCUGGUCCGGCUUUUGGGCGUGGGACAUCAGCCGCCCGCUGACCGCGUCCUACGCCGCCGACCGCGCCGGCGGCGCCGCCAAGCCGCCGGGUUGGGGCGCGCAACGGCUGUGCUGCAACGUGGCGGAGGCGCUGACGUGCGGCCUGGCGGCCAGCUACAUGGCCGGGAACCGGGCCUACGUGUCGGCGCUGCUGCUGCUGCCGCUCAGCGUGCCGGACGCGGGCGCGAACGCCGGCGCGGCGGCGACCAACGAGGCCGAGGUCCUGAGCCUGGCCACGGGCCGCCUGUUUGUGCUGCUGCGUGGCGACGACGGCCUGGCCCGACGCAUGGUGCCGCUGCUGACGGACGUGCUGGGGCAGGGCCUGGCGCUGGGCGCCACCAACCACAGCAGCACCGGGGCCGCCGCCAACGGCGCCGGCGGCGCGGGCACGGCCGCCAACGGCGGAGCGGGCGCGGCGGCGGGCGGCGGCAACGCUGCCAUGGUGGCGCUGCAGGCGUCGGUCGUGCAGACGCUGGCAGCCAUGGCCUCCUGCAGUGUGCGGGCGGAGCGCACCACCACGUGGGCGUACGGCCAGGUCUCGGACGUGCUGCUGCGCCUGCUGCUGGAGUCGCGACACGCCGCCGCGCCCGCCGCGGCGCUGGCGGCGGCCGCCAAGGGCCCCGGCGCCGGCGCGCUGUCGGCCGGCCUGCUGACGCUGGCCAGGGGCAUGCGUCGCGCGCCCAGCGUUGCGCGCCGUGACCUGCGCAGUCGACUGCUGGUGCAGUUCAGCGAGCUGGGGCUGCGCGCGGGGGCGCAGGGUGCGGCGGGCGCUGCCGCGGUGGCGGAGAUGGGUGCGCUGCUGCCGGCGGUGGCGGAGGCGUGCGAGGCGGCGGAGGAGGGGCUGGGCGGUCUGGGCUACAUGCCAUCGUCCGUCAGCCGCCUCAGCCUCAACGGCGCCGCCUCCACGGCGGCACGCGGCGGCAGGCCGGGCGCGCUGACGAGCAUGACCAGCAGCGUGGGCGCUCAGAAGGCCGACAUCGCCACUGUCAAGCUGCUGCGGAACCUGUGGCUCUACUGCGCGCUGUUCGGACUGACCAAGCCGACCGCGGCGCCGGCGCAGCUGGAGGCGGCGGGGCGCAUCGCGGCCGUGACGCCCAUGAUCUUGCUGGCGGACGGCGCGUUCAGCGAGCAGGAUGUGGCGGAGCAGCUCAAGGCGGAGCUGGGCGACCGGCUGCGGCUGGCGGGCGAGGCGGUGGCGUCGCCCGCGCGCCUGCGGGCCAGCCUGCAGAGCGUGCUGGGCGUGGCGGUUGGCGGCACCCCCCAGCCGCCGCCAGACGCCAACAUGCAGGCCUACCUGCUGGCGGUGGCCACGGCGGAGCUGUGUCGCGCCAGGCACGCGCCCCGGGUGCUUGAUGCCGAGUACAGCCCCAUCUCCAUGCCGCUCAUGUACCUGCAGUCCGCGGACCCCGCCAAGUCCGACGCGGCCUGGUACACGGUGAUCGCUGAGAAGUCGUUUGACGCCUACUUGGCCCGGCUGAAGGCCGAGGCCUCGGCCGCCGUCGCCGCCGCCGAUCGCGGCACAGCCGACCCCGCCCCCGCCGCCAACGCCCCCCGCCGCCCCAGCUACACCGGCCUUCCACCCUCCCCGGGCGGUGGCGGCGUCCGCGUGGCCCCCGCCCCCGCCAACGGCGCCGCCUCCGCCGCCAGCGCCUCGCCCUUCGCCACUGGCGCCUGGCCCGGCGGCGACCCCGCCGUUGCCGGCGCCGACGACGACGACUCCGAUGAUGAUAACGAGGACGCUGGGCAGUCGAACGGCCACGGCGGCGCCGUUUCGGAGACCGGCAUCAUGCCGGAGCUGAUGGUGGGCGGCGCCGCCGCCGGCGCCGCCAGCAGCGCGGUCAACGGCGCGAUCGCGGCGGCGGCGGAGUGCGAGCGCUGCUUGGAGGCCCUGGCGGUGGCGCUGAUCCGGCACCUGGGCGUGUCGGGCGGGCACGUGGACGGGCAGGCGCCCCUGUCGUCCACGGCGGCGGACCGGCUGCUGCGGCGGCUGCUGGAGGCGUACAGCCCCAUCUACUGGAGCCACGCCUGCGUGGCGGCGCUGCUGGGCGAGCUGGAGACAGAGGAGGGCGUGGACCACCCGCUGAGCGAGGUGCCCGGCGCGAGCAACCUCACCUCCUCCACCUACGAGCUCGGCGGCGGCGGCGGCAGCGGCGGCGGCGGCCCGGUGUGGCGCUGGCUGAAGGCGUGGGUGUACGCGGCGGCGCGCGCGGCGCCCACACGCACCGAGGCCAUGCUGCACCAGUUCCUGGGCCAGUCGAGCGUGGCGGCAUACACACUCGGCGGCGACGGCGCGGUUGGCGGCGGCGCCGCCUCCGCCAUCCUGGCGGGUACUGGCGGCGGCGCCGCCGGCGCCGGCGGCGGCGGCGGCGGCACUCGCGGCGUCAGCUCGCUGCAGGCGUCCGCCGAGCACCACCGCGCCCACGUGGCGGCGCUGCGCCGCGCCGCCGACCUGCUCGCCAUCUGCGCCGACGCGCGGCGGCGCGCGGCGGGCGGUGCGGGCGCGGGCGUGGCGGCGGACGGGACCAUGGCGCUGUGCCGCAAGCUCUUCUUCGCGGGCGCGGUGGUGGGCGUGCAGUUCUCGGCGGGCGGCCCCUCCGCCGGUCCCACGGUGGUUGCGGAGAAGGUGUUGUCGGCUCUGGAGGAGGUGCUGGGGGCGCCCGCCGCCCCCGGCGCCGCCCGCCUGCUGGAGCAGCGCUACCUGGGCGCCGCCGCCUUUUUGGCGCGCGAGGCGGCGGAGGCGGCGGAGGCGGCGCUGGUGGGCAGCGAGGCGCACGCGCUGGCGUACCGGCUGCUACAGAGCCUGUGCACCGCGCCCAUCAAGCGCUUCACGCCCGACAUGAUGGGCCUGGCCGUGUUCGCCUGGACCUGGAUCACCACCGCCGGCCCCGCCUGGCUGGUACCGCUGGUGUCGCGCACCGCCGCCGUCUGGUCAAACACAGUAGACCGAGGCCUGGGCCUCUUCAGCGGCGCCUGGACGCCCGACAGCGCCGCUGCCGCCGCAGCGGCGGCCGCGGCCGAGGCUGAGGCGGCCGGCGGCGCCGGUGGCGGCGCCGGCGGCGGCUUCAUCAGUGCGGCGGGGCCGCCCUCGCGUGAGGAGGCGGCGCUGCUGGCGGCGCUGUCUUGCCACCACCAGUGGGUGGCGUUCCUGUUUGAGAUGUGGAGCAGCGCCGGCGACAGAACCGACGCCGAGCAGCGCGCGCUGGCACUGGUGUUCGAAAAGCUGCUGCACCACUCGCUGCUGCACCCAGAGCGGCUGAGCAGCCACCCCGCCGCCGCCGCGCCGCUGUUCCGGCUGCUGCAGCUGACGCUGGCGUUCUGCCAGCACUGCGCGCGCAUGCGGCCCGCGGGGGCGCCCGUGCCGCCCUCACACGCCCUGCUGUACGACAGGGUGCUGCGCUCGGGCCUGCUGUGGUUCGCGCACGCGCCCUCCUUCACCGCGCGCAUGUCGCAGCGCCAGGCGGAGGAGCAGCACGCCGCAGUGUCCGACUUCGCCGCACUGCUGGCAGCCAUGGGCGCCAGCGCCUGGCCGGUGGUGGCCGCCGGCCCCGUGUACGACAGGCACAGGGACGGCCAGUCCGCCAUCGAGGCCGUGGGCUGGCCCUCCAACACCCUGCCGGUCAGCUCUGUGGUGUGGGGCGCGGCCGCCAAGGGCCUGCGCACCUCCGACGCCGCCGCGCUGCUGACGGCGCUGUGCCGCAACGAGGUGACACGACUCACCGUGUGGGCGAGGCCGCUGGCGGCGGCGGCGGCGGCUGGCGGCGGCGGCGCUGCGGGGCAGGUGCUGAGCCUGACGCCCGCCAUGGUCAAGAUCGCCUGGCUGGUGUCUCCCAAGCUGGCGGUGGCGGUAGUGCGGCGCUGCCCCGCGCCCGCCUCCAACGCGGCCGGCGGCGACGCGGCGCACCGCGCUCUGGAGAAGCUGCUCAUUGAGGCGGCGUCGGAGCCGCGCGUGCAGGAGCUGCCCGAGGCCGCGCUGUUCCUGGCCACGCCCGAGGCCGCCCGCGCCAACGCGCCCCACCUGGCGGCGCUGGCCACAUGGGCGCCGGCGGGCGCGGUGGAGGGGCUGCAGCUGAUGUCGGGGCCGGCGCUGCUGCACGCCGGCGUCAAGGCCUACGCGCUGCGCUGCCUGCACGCCACGGCGCCGGCACGGGUGGCGUUCUUCCUGCCGCAGCUGGUGCAGGCUCUGCGCAACGACUCUGACGGCGCCACGGCCCGCUUCCUGCUGGACACCGCGGCCGCCGACGACCUGUUCCUGCACCAGCUCAUGUGGGCGCUGGUCACGGAGGAGCGGCCGCCGCAGGAGGAGUUCAACCCCGAGGUCAAGCGCUCCGGCUGGCAGCCGCCUGCGGACACGGGUCUGUGGGAGCCGGCCGCUCGCCUGAAGCAGCGCGUGCUGGCGGGCAUGACCCCCGUCUCCGCCGCCUACUGGAACGCGGAGAACGACUACUUCAACCAGGUCACCAGCAUAUCGGGUAUCCUGAAGAAGCUGGAGCCGGACGAGCGGCGGCCCAAGAUCCGUAGCGAGCUGCAGCGCUUCGCGCCCGGCCGCCCCGACCUGUACGUGCCCACAAACCCCGACUGCCGAGUACUGGCACACAUCCCGGAGUCGGGCACGCCCAUGCAGAGCGCAGCCAAGGUUCCCAUCCUGGUUGCCUUUAAGGUGGAGCAGCGGCCGCCCGCCCCGCUGCCGCCGCUCACCCGUAGCCUGGCCUGCAUCUUCAAGGUCGGCGACGACUGCAGGCAGGACGUGCUGGCGCUGCAGGUCAUCUCCAUCCUCAAGGGCGCCUUCAGCGCUGCCGGCCUGGACCUGUACCUGUGCCCCUACGGCUGCAUCCCCACCGGCUACGGCCGCGGCAUCAUUGAGGUGGUGCCGCACACCAAGUCCCGCGCCGCUAUGGGUGAGCUGUCGGACCGGGGCCUGCACGAGAUCUUCGUGUCGCAGUUCGGGCCGCCCGGCACGCCCGGCUUCGAGCGCGCCCGCCACAACUUCAUCGUGUCGGAGGCCGCCUACGCAGUGGCCAGCUUCAUCCUGCAGGCCAAGGACCGCCACAACGGCAACCUGCUGAUCGACAGCAGCGGCCGCCUGGUCCACAUCGACUUUGGCUUCAUCCUGGAGAUCAGCCCGGGCGGCAACAUGGGCUUCGAGUCCGCGGCCUUCAAGCUGAGCCACGAGAUGACGCAGCUGCUGGACCCGGGCGGCCUGCGCAACAGCGGCCACUUCCGCCUGUUUGAGGAGCUGGUGGUGCGCGGCUACCUGGCGGCCCGCACUGUGGCCGAGCCCAUCAUCGCCACGGUGGCGCUCAUGGCUGACAGUGGCCUGCCCUGCUUCGGCCAUGGCAAGCCGCUGCCGCACCUGCGCCGCCGCUUCCACCUGGAGAUGAGCGAGGGGCAGGCGGCCGCCUUCAUGCGCGGCGCCAUCGCCGACGCCUACCAGAAGUGGACCACGGGCUUCUACGACUACAUCCAGAACCUGCAGAACAGGAUCCCCUAUUAGAGGGAGGGGGAGCAGGUGGAGGAGGAGGAGGAGGAGGAGGAGCUGCGAGGGUUGGCGGAGAGAGGUGGUGUGUAGGUGGUGGGGUGGUGGGAGCUACUGAGCAGAGCAGAGCGUUGGAGCCGUGCCCCAGUCAAGGAUACGGAGAGCUGGACACAUGUGUUGUAGGGCUGCAGCGUCUGCUGGGCCACUAAGGGAGAGCGGUGUGUGCCUGUGGUUGCCGCGGUGUGAAGUGGAUCCAGAGGCGGCGGGUUGCUGAGACAAGGAACACGGCAAGGUACUGGAACGGGUUCACUGAUCAGGGCAGGUCGGGACCGAUCGAGGCAUUGCUGGAUGGGAUUCGGACUAGCUAAUAGUCGCAGGCCCACACGGGUUUGUCAAGAAGGUUCACGACACUAUCUGCACAUGCGUCGCGUGCGUUAAAUGGGAUACCGCAAUCAAUGUUCAAGACCUGCUUCUGUAGAUGUAUAGUCGUAGCAGAUUCUCACCAGCACUGACGGCCCGCGUUGGUUAUAAUCAAUCUUAGGCGUGUCGGGAACUAACGGUGUGUGAGAGAGCGUAGCAUGCGACGCAAGGCAUGAUGGGGUGAUAGCUAUGCGCGCGGACCGGUAGCUGUAUGUGCGCACGGACCGACGGCAUGCAGCAGACAUCACCGUAUGGCAUCCCCCGCCACUAGCACUGUGUAACCAUUCGUUGCU